CCCUAAACCCUAGCCACAACAGCAAGUAAAAACUAGAAGCUGCUGCUUCUAGACUCUUCUCUUCCCUUCAAAAGACCACGCUCCUUCCUCCUCAAUACCUUCCAUUUGUACGACACGCUCAGUUCUCCAUUCCUGCUGUCUAGACCCACCGGUGUCAUCUUCCAUUUCUCCACCAUGCACCGUUUUGCUUCAGGUCUCGUCUCCAAAGCAAGGAUUGCUAGGAACAGCACUCAUCAGGUUGGGAGUAGAUUAAGUUGGAGCAGGAACUAUGCCGCGAAAGACAUAAGAUUUGGCGUGGAGGCUCGAGCUUUGAUGCUCAGGGGUGUUGAAGAGCUCGCAGAUGCAGUCAAAGUCACUAUGGGUCCUAAGGGGCGGAAUGUGGUAAUUGAACAAAGUUGGGGUGCACCGAAAGUGACAAAAGAUGGUGUCACUGUUGCAAAGAGUAUUGAAUUCAAAGAUAAAGUCAAGAAUGUUGGUGCUAGUCUUGUCAAACAGGUUGCAAAUGCUACUAAUGACGAAGCUGGUGAUGGGACAACAUGUGCUACAGUCCUCACGCGAGCAAUAUUUACAGAAGGAUGCAAGUCUGUUGCUGCAGGGAUGAAUGCAAUGGACCUAAGGCGUGGAAUUUCAAUGGCAGUAGAUGCUGUGGUAACAAACUUGAAAAGCAGAGCAAGAAUGAUUAGCACAUCAGAAGAAAUUGCACAGGUUGGGACAAUAUCAGCAAAUGGUGAAAGAGAAAUUGGUGAAUUAAUUGCAAAGGCCAUGGAGAAAGUUGGCAAAGAGGGAGUAAUCACAAUCCAAGAUGGGAAGACUUUAUAUAAUGAGUUGGAAGUUGUUGAGGGCAUGAAGCUGGACAGAGGUUAUAUAUCUCCUUACUUCAUCACCAACCAGAAAAACCAAAAAUGUGAACUAGAAGACCCUCUAAUUCUAAUCCAUGAGAAGAAAAUCUCAAGCAUAAAUGCCGUGGUGAAAGUCUUAGAAUUAGCUCUGAAGAGGCAAAGACCUUUACUGAUUGUUGCUGAAGAUGUGGAAAGGUCACAGAUUGGAGGAGCAAGUGAAGCUGAAGUUGGUGAAAAGAAAGAUAGAGUAACAGAUGCCUUAAAUUCCACAAAAGCAGCUGUAGAAGAGGGUAUUCUGCCAGGUGGUGGGGUUGCUCUUCUCUAUGCAUCAAAAGAGUUGGACAAGCUGCCCACUGCUAACUUCGAUCAGAAGAUUGGUGUUCAGAUAAUUCAAAAUGCUCUGAAGACACCCGUGUACACAAUUGCUUCUAAUGCAGGGGUAGAGGGAGCUGUGAUUGUUGGUAAGCUGUUGGAACAAGAUAACUCUGAUCUUGGUUAUGAUGCUGCCAAAGGUGAAUAUGUUGAUAUGGUCAAAGCUGGUAUUAUUGACCCAUUGAAAGUAAUUAGAACUGCUUUGGUUGAUGCUGCAAGUGUAUCAUCUUUGAUGACAACAACUGAAGCAGUUGUGACUGAACUUCCCAAAGAUGAGAAAGAGGCUCCAGGAAUGGGUCCUGGUGGCAUGGGUGGCAUGGGUGGCAUGGAUUAUUGAGGUCUCUAGAUAAAUUCCAAUUUACAAA